CGUGGUCGUACAUUUCUGGCAAAAAAACAAAGUGGUUAAAAAAACGGUACUGGUGCGCGCAAGUGAAAGGAAAUCGGUUCGCGUAUCACAUCGAUCGAUUGUGAAAGCUUGAAUGUCAAACCGUGAUUUUGAUCGCAUUACAAAUUGCCCCUCUUGUAUUGAACGAGUGCCAACAUCAAUUUCUGCAAUUUUGAAUUUUUCAAAUCAUAUCCCUACGUCGAGAAAUAACUAACCUUGUGUUCCAUCGAACAGAGCCUGUAUCAAUUAUUUCGAUAUAUCGAUAAUUGAUGCGUGCAUGUAUCGAUUAAUAGUCGCGCGCAAAUCUAUCGGGAACCAUUUGAUGGUGCACAAGGUGCACAGAAUGGAGGAGGAACCGCUUCAAGAGGAUAAAAAAUCCGAAACAUUGGUGGAGGGUAGAAUUAUGGAACGGAGCAUAUCAUCGGAUGACGUAUGCGACGACCGAGCACGUGUUUCCGGUCAGGAAGAGUUCACAUGUUCGCUCUACAUCUCGCGUGCUGUCAGCCCUCAAGGUCAAGCGCAAGGAACGCAAGGUGGAGAGUUAUUACAUUCCAAUCUCGAAGAGGUGAUCCGCGCGUCCGAUCCUUCAGCGGGAUGGCACGUGUCUGAAACUCCUUGCGGUCUGAUAGCGGCGUUUGCGCGAGAAACCGAUGCUGAAAAACUUUUACAACGGGGUGACCUAGCGCGAGUUUUUCAAGGACCCGUACAAGUGGCUCGAUUCUCGGCGAAGGAUUCUCGUUACAGACAAGCGGUUCUUCUACGCGAUGUACCAUGGGCAAUUCCUCUGCAGGACAUUAACUCGGCCCUGGCGAAGCAAGGAAUAGCGACAGGAAGCGUCGAACGCUGGCGACAGUAUAUACGCGUCGAGGUACUCGAUGCAGGACAUUACGAGCUAUUGUUGCGUCAAGGCUUGGACUUUUUUGGCGCAGCCCGAUUCACCGCGGUUCCGGAGCGCUGGUGGCGCGGCGGGACCGGAAAUGCCGCUGGACCGUUGCAAGCUGGCCCAGGAAUCGUAAAUAAUUUUCUCGAGGCAUCGAACUUCCAAACAGGAGACGGUGUACUACAAUGUUACCGGUGUCAGGGUUUCUGGCAUAUGGCCGCUAACUGCAGACAUUUACCGCGUUGCGUUCGGUGCGGUGAACCGCACAGCGUUGAAUUUUGUCCCAGGCCACGAAACAAUCCUAUUUGUUGUCACUGUUCCGGACCGCAUCAUGCUGGCUACCGACAGUGCCCAGUUCGUCAACAACUUUUGAACGCUACGCCAAUUAGUAUCACUCUAAGCACCACCCGGAUUGGAAAUCAGUACCCGGUGAACGGAGCCUCUAAGACUAACGCCUCGUCGCACGAACAACAACCCUUGAAAUCGAGCCAGUCUUAGACAAAUUAUUCGCGUGCAUUUCUAUCCUCGUUAACUAAACGCUCUUAAAUUACGUUCAUCGAUACUGAUUAAGUGUUCGAUAUCGUUUGUACAUGACACUAACGACUUAAACGUUGAAUACCGCAAUAAUCGUAUUUGGAAAUUUUUAAGUACAUAUAUCAUUUAUGAGUUACAAACUCUGAUAUACACGUUCGAGCAUUCUUGAAUAUGUAAUUUUUCACAUUUACAAGCUGUUAAAUCAUAAAUUAAAAAUUAGAUCGUUCUAGAACGUACGAGGAAAUAAAUCAAGUGUAAAAAGUA